AUGGAAACAAUCGGCGUUGACCUAGGGUCUGUGUUUCCUAGUGCGGCAGGAUCGCGCACGUCUCGCAAGGCUAUCACGCGGUCCGAGGCUGCUAAAUUUGUCAAGGGUAUUGCGCCGUUUGAGGAACAGACCUGGCUUGCUGAGACAGGAGUAUCAGAUGGGACAGGGCUAGCUACCAAUUUACUCCAGGAGAUCUCAGAAUUCGGUGAUUCUCAUGAUUUAGAUACCUUCACCCGUUCCCAGGGUGAGUGGUGGUAUCAACUUCCGAGGCGCUCUGAAUUUAGCGCCAGAGAAGCUUCUCCCAUCGAAGAGGAAAUAUCCCGCGACGAAGACAGAAAAGAGCCAAUUGAUACCAAGCACAUCGACGAAGGAGGGGACUCAAUGACAAGCAGCGAGGCCGAUGAGUUCCAGCGACAAGAAACUCCUCCCAGACUAAAAUCUCGACACGACAAAGGCAAGAUAUCGCCACCCAAGCAAAUACCCAGGAAGAAAAGUCCUGUUCCGCCAGUAUUGCCUUCAGAGGAAGAUGAAGCCACAGCAUCAGACUCUGACUCCGAUCUUGAACCACCACCGCGUCAAAGACGACGCAUUCCCAGUGUUUCAAGAUUGCCAGAGCCCGCCGCACCGCAGACGAAAGCUCGAGAGGCGCCGAAAGUACCGAAGGGUGGAUUGGGUAAAAUUGGCGGCAAGACCAAGAAAGAAAUAGAGCGGCCCUCGCCAUCUUCCUCUCCAGCCCCUUCUCCUCCAGCGCAAGUCCAGGAGGCACCAAAAGUACCAAAAGGUGGAUUGGGUAAGAUUGGCGGCAAGAGCAAGAAAGAAACAGAGCGCCGACCAUCGCCAUCACCCUCACCUGCCCCUUCUCCCCCAGCGCAAGUUCGAGAGGCACCGAAAAGGCCAAAGGGCGGCUUGGGAGUUAUAGGCGGCAAGAAAAAGCAAGCAAAAGAGCCCUCGCCUUCGCCAGCCCCUUCCCCGCCAGCACAAGCCCCCGACUCUCCAGAGGAAGAAAGAAUUAGCGAAGACCAUGCUCCUACAUCAUCGACACCAGCACCAGCAGCAGCCAAAGCUAAACGUCCGGGGAAACUUGGCAUGAUAGGCGGCAAAGCUAAAGCCAAAGCCUCCGAAGCAGGUCGAGACAAGUCUCCACUACCUACAUCUGACACGGUGGCGAUGUCACCCGAGAAAGCUGCAUCUGCUAAACUGAAGGCUGACCGACAAGCUAUUAAAAGGGAGGAGUCUCCAUUGCCCACAUCAGCAGCGCAGAAGAUCCCUCCUGCUCCACCUGCAGAGCCGGAGACCGAAGACCAGCGCGCUGAUCGGAAGCGUGAGGAACUGAAGAGGUCGAUUGAGGCUAAGAGCAAAGCUCCUGCAAAGAAGAAGCGGAGGUUCUAG